AUGCUGCUUCGACUGGGCUCAUCUAGCGUCGAGCUCAGCAUGUGGAGCCCCGUCUACGCCGUCGCCCCCCUGGUGCUCCUUUCCGUCUCCAUCCCGCUCGCCUUCUUCGCCCUCCUCACCACGUCCGUCGCCCUGGCGCUUUUGUCCUUCCGCGCACUCGUCGUCUACUUCCAGCUUGCCAUGGCCAUUGUCGGCGCGUGGCUCUCUCCAUCUCCAUCCAACCACGGCCUCCCCCGUCGCUCGCAUCCCAGGCCCGCGUCGGCCCGGCCUUCGCCCACGGGCGCCCGCCAACCCUCUCGGCGCACCAGCAUCGCCAGCAUGGCAUCGUCCCAAGAUGUCCCUGCAUGUCCCGCUCCCCCACCAAACUUUCUCAACUACAAAAACAACUCCCUGACCACGCUCAUCGGUACCAGCGAGCUAACACGAGACUUUGAGGGUGUUGGCGGCUGGAGAGUGCCAGGGGACGACGAUGAAGAAGCGCUAUGGAUGGGCAUUAACUCGAGGCUGGAGUUGCCUGCUGAAAUACCAACGAGGCGGCACAGGCGAAGCAUAACAGGCACCACCAGCCCAGGUCACCGAUUGAGCGUCGGGUCCGAAACACUGCGCAUGAGCCCCGUCCAGAGCAGGGCGAGGACCCCCGUACGCUUUGUACCCGACGAUGAGUAUGGCUAUUUCCCCCAACAGCCUGCAUCAAACCACAGACGCCUCAGCUACAGCUCAGAGACGCCCAAACAAUACCCACGGCGGAAGAGUGCCAGCGGGAGCAGUACCUCGAGCAAUACAUCAGCUGGCCUAGCAAUUGCAAUCAAGCAUGCAGGAGAGUGA